GCCAUGGCACUGUGUUCUACAAGGCUACUAUGCUUGUUUUCUCUCUUGUUUAGCCAUGCUGUUGUUCAUCUUGAAGCUUCCCACCAGGUCUACAAAAACUUUCAAUCUCUUCAGUGCAACUCUUCCGCGUACCAACCUUACAGGACCUCUUUUCACUUCCAGCCUCUCAAGAACUGGAUUAAUGGGGUAAUGAUACACAAGGGAAUUUACCAUCUGUUUUACCAGUACAAUCCACUUGGAGCAGCUUGGGGCAACAUUGUUUGGGCCCACUCAACAUCCAAGGAUCUCAUCAACUGGAUCCCUCAUGAUCCUGCAAUCAGCCCAUCGCAGCCGUCCGAUAUCAACGGCUGCUGGUCGGGCUCUGCUACUAUCCUCCCAGGGGACAAACCAGUCAUUGUCUACACUGGAAUUAACUCACAAAAUCAGCAGGUCCAAAAUUUGGCCAUGCCCAAGAACCAAUCUGAUCCAUACCUCAGAGAAUGGAUCAAGUAUCCUCAUAACCCAUUAAUGGCGCCAACUCCCAUUAACAAGAUCAACGCAAGCUCAUUCAGAGACCCAACCACAGCCUGGAAAGGCCCUGAUGGGUUUUGGAGGCUAAUUAUUGGCAGCGAGAUUGGUAACACAGGAGUGGCUAUUUUAUAUACAAGCAAGGAUUUUUUACAUUGGACUCUAGGUCAUUACCUACAUUUUUCCAAAGGCACUGGAAUGUGGGAGUGCCCAGACUUUUAUCCCGUUCAAAUUAACAGCAGCAAAGGACUUGACACAUCCACAACCGGUCCGAACAUUAAACAUGUGCUUAAGCUUAGCCUGGAUGACACUAGGCAUGACUACUACACAGUUGGGUCUUAUAACCCGGACAAGGAUAUCUAUACUCCUGAUAAGGGAUCCGUGGACAAUGAUUCGGGAUUGAGGUAUGAUUAUGGGAAGUUUUAUGCUUCAAAGACCUUCUUCGACAGUUCCAAACACCGGAGGAUCUUGUGGGGUUGGAUUAAUGAAUCCUCGAGUAAGGAAGAUGAUAUUAAGAAGGGGUGGUCUGGACUUCAGGCUGUUCCAAGGAGCAUCUUGCUUGAUAAAUCUGGAAAACAAUUGGUACAAUGGCCGGUCGUAGAGGUCAAAAAGCUUCGUGGGAAACCUGUGGGCAUGAACAACAUUGAGCUUAGAGGAGGGUCAGAUCUUGAAAUUCCUAACAUUAAGGCUACACAGGCAGAUGUGGAGAUUUCAUUUAAAAUAAAAGAUUUUAAGAGAGCAGAGGCUCUGAACCCAAGUUGGACAAACCCACAGGACCUUUGUACUCAGAAAGGUGCAUCCGUCAAAGGUGGACUAGGACCCUUUGGGUUGCUGGUCCUGGCUUCUAAGGGCUUGGAAGAGUACACGGCUGUGUUCUUUAGAAUAUUCAAAUCUAAAAAUGGUUAUGUGGUGCUCAUGUGCAGUGACCAAAGCAGGUCCUCAUUAUAUGAAAAAAAUGACAAAACUACCUAUGGAGCUUUCGUGAACAUGGAUCCUGUUAGUGAGGAAGUGUCCCUAAGGACCUUGAUAGACCACUCCAUAGUCGAGAGCUUUGGAGGAGAGGGAAAGAGUUGCAUCACUGCUAGGGUUUAUCCCACACUAGCUGUUGAGGAUAAAGCCCACUUGCACGCCUUCAAUAAUGGGACUGCAACUGUAAUCAUCUCAAGGCUUAGAGCUUGGAGCAUGAAGAAAGCUCAAAUCGCUUGAAGCAGGAAAUUGGAGAAUGAUGAUGGAUUUGUGCUAAGGGUUUAAGUAUGACUGAACUGAAUAAACAUAUCAGUCACUACAAUUCCACAUUGGUAGUGUUACAUUUAUCACUUAGAAGAUAUAUACGUGCUCAGUAAAAUUUGACAAAAUCUAAUAAAUACAAAUAGUGCUAUGUUUAUUGCUCCAAUA